AUGCCGCCGUUGCUUUCCAAAGAUGCUUUCAGCCCUAGCCGCUACCGGGCCCUCUUUGCAGAGUACGCCAUUUCCUCGAAUGGGUUCCUGCCAGAGAACGCUCCUCUCACCGAGCUAUCCGACCCCUACUACGGCCCCUGGGAGUCGCUGAUAGCCGAGCUUCCUGGGUCGAUAGAGAACAGGACGGUGCGCGAUAAAGUCGACAGGCUGCCGGUCCUGUCGGCUGACCACUUGUCAACCGUGGUAGAAUGGAGGCGGGCAUAUGUGAUCCUGGCCUUUAUCGCCCAUGGUUACAUAUGGGGCGGCGACAUGCCCAGCGAGGUAUUGCCGCCGUCCAUCACGGUCCCGCUCCUCCGGGCAUCGGGCCGCCUGGGCCUGCCUCCGGUGGCAACCUUUGCGUCCCUGAAUCUCUGGAACUUCCGGUCGAGCAAUCCCACGCUCGGGUUCGCAGACCUCGACUCGCUGCACGCCUUGCACACCAUCACCGGCACCGAGGACGAGUCCUGGUUCCUCAUGGUGUCGGUGGCCAUCGAGGCGCAGGGCGCCUACAUGAUCCCGGCCAUGCUCGACGCGCUCGACGCAGUCGAGGAAGGCGACUACGCGGCCGUGACGCACGCGCUGCGCGAGAUGGCGCGCUGCAUCGGCCGCAUCGCCGCGCUGCUCGAGCGCAUGGACGACCGCUGCCGCCCCGCCGUCUUCUACCACCGCGUGCGCCCGCUGCUGGCCGGUAGCUGGAACAUGGCCGACGCGGGGCUGCCGCGCGGCGUCUUCCUUGACGAGGGCCACGGCCACGGCGCCUGGCGCCAGCUGCGCGGCGGCAGCAACGGCCAGAGCUCGCUAAUCCAGUUCAUCGACCUGGUCCUCGGCGUCGAGCACACGUCGUGCGGGAACGACGCCGCAGCAGCAGCGAAGACAGAGCCACCCGCUGCUGUGCUGUCGCCGUCUCAGUCCGGCAACUGCCCGCGCGGCCGCGGCGAGGGCUUCCACGCCGAAGUCAGAGCGUACAUGCCCGACCCGCACCGGCGCUUCCUCGACCACGUCUCGCGCAUCCGCCCGGGCGGCAUCCGCCAGGCCAUGGCCGACUUGCGGGCCGCAGCCGCAGCCGCAGCCGCAGGCAGCAAAGUGGAAACCUGCCCGGCAGGCCCAAACCCAAUAGCCCCCGGCGAGCUGACGCAGCUGCAGGAGGCGUUCCAGGGGACCACGCGCGCCCUGGCCGCGCUCCGCAACAAGCACCUGCAGAUCGUCGCGCGGUACAUCAUCGUGCCCGCCCGCCAGCCGCCGCCGCCGGCUGCUUGUCCUAUGGGAACGGCUGGUGGUAAUGUUGGCAAGGGCGUAGUCAACCUCGCCACGGCCUCUUGGCGGAAAACGGCUGCUGCUGCUGCUGCUGCUGCGGAGGCAAAGGGUGGGAAGCGGUAUUCUGCGGAGCUGGAUUUGCUCAAGCUCACGGGCACGGGCGGCACGGCGCUGCUGCCGUUUUUGAAGCAGGCCCGCGACGAGACGUUUCGCGCGGGCGAGAUGGUGUGA